UGGUCCGCGGCCGGCCUGGCCACGUCACCGCCCGGCCGAGAGCGCGCUGGCUGAGCGCUGGCACCUGGCGGAGCUCGGAGCUCGGAGCUCGGAGGCGCGGACGGGGGGCCGCGCGACCCACAGUCUGGGCCGGGGACGUGGCAGCCGCGUCGCCCGCCAGAAAGUUUCCCAGGAGUUGGCUGCGCCCGGGAGCGGGGCCGGCGGGCUGGACCAUGAACGUGUUCCGUAUCCUCGGCGACCUGAGCCACCUCCUGGCCAUGAUCUUGCUGCUGGGGAAGAUCUGGAGGUCGAAGUGCUGCGCAGGCAUCUCUGGGAAGAGCCAGAUCCUUUUCGCCCUCGUCUUCACCACCAGGUACCUGGACCUGUUCACCAACUUCAUCUCCAUCUACAACACGGUCAUGAAGGUGGUUUUUCUUCUCUGCGCCUAUGUCACAGUGUACAUGAUCUAUGGGAAAUUUCGGAAAACCUUCGACAGUGAGAAUGACACAUUCCGCCUGGAGUUUCUUCUGGUCCCAGUCAUUGGCCUCUCCUUCCUUGAGAACUACAGUUUCACUCCCCUGGAGAUCCUCUGGACUUUCUCUAUCUACCUGGAGUCAGUGGCCAUCCUGCCCCAGCUUUUCAUGAUCAGCAAGACGGGAGAGGCCGAGACCAUCACUACUCACUACCUGUUCUUCCUUGGGCUAUACCGGGCACUCUACCUAGCUAACUGGAUCAGGCGGUACCAGACUGAGAAUUUCUAUGACCAAAUUGCAGUAGUGUCUGGGGUGGUACAAACCAUUUUCUACUGCGACUUCUUCUACUUAUACGUGACCAAAGUCCUUAAAGGAAAGAAGUUAAGUCUUCCGAUGCCAAUUUGAGACCCCUAGGAACAAGGACACAAACCCAACUAUUUGAGAUGUUCUACUGAGCGACUCAUACCAAUGUUAAUGCCAGAAAAAUGCUCAGUGUGGAUGGAUUUCAGCAAAGCACUGACCAUUCCACCUACAAGACCUCAGCACCACCUCCCCUUAGAGAAGCAACAAAAGACCUGCGCGAAGCACACAAGUGUGGUGCCACACGUUAACAAGAAUAUCAAAAACCCUUGAGGCUCACACGGAAAGCUGUCCCUCUGAAUGCAAAGCAAGCCACAAACUUACAAGCUUUGGCAAGACUGAACUAGUUUCAUACCCAGUGUUUAAUCCAAGUAACAAUCCUAGGAGGGUGCCACUAGCACAACCAUUUACUGAGGAGGAAUCGGAUGCCCAGGGCUUUACCUGCUGGGCAUUGCUUUGUUAACUCAAAUUUCUGCACUGCCACCAAUCCACCCCACCUUCUUCACAUUUUUAGGUGCUAAAGCAAUUUCCAACACUCCCAAUCCUGGUUUUGAAGCAAAUAAAACCUCUUAAGGAGUAAGUACUAACUGCCAUUGAACUAGUCAGAAUUUUUGAGUAAUAAAAAGUUCACACCUUAUUGUCAACAGUGUUUAUUUAUACCUACAAAAGAAAACAAGAUGGUAUCAAAAGGACAAUUUACAAACUAAGAAUAACAACAUAGCUCUUAGCAUCCUGUGCCUGAACAUCACACAUCUACAAAUCUUUCAAGUCUUAACGCAACAGGAAUGUGUUCAGAGACCAGCAAGGACAUGAAUAGAAAGCACUGAUCCCAAGCAAAAGCCACCAACCUUUUAGAUGAGAGAACUCCACACAUGAAUUGUUGGGGAGGGAUUGGGGCGAAACAGCCCCAUAGUUUAACAUUGAAAUCCUUUUUCUUAAAUGAGUUUGAACUAUGACCACAAAACCUAGCAGCCCAUGAGAUCUCUUCUGCUUAUGUUCUGAAAGAGGCAGAACCUCAAUUCUGAGCAACCGACACGGAGGCAGUUAGUUACUCUAGAGCGCUAGGAAAAGCUGCUAGAUUCCAGCUGUGCUCAGGCUACAACAGCUGUUGAGGUUUGGAACACGCUGUUAUUUCGACUAUGUAACAUCCCUGGUGGAAAAAAAGAGAGCAGAGACCUCUCCCAAAAAGAGUCACUUUUAAGACCUGCAAGAGUGUAACAGUCCCUCUGGUGGCACCUGUUUAAAAAAAAAAACAACAAACAAUUUUGCAUGUAAAAAUGUCUACAAUGAACUGGUGGUCACUGCUUAAAAAUUUUUUUGAGAGGAAGAACACUUUGGUUUAAAGCACAAAGCAGUUCUGCCGUAUUUUCCUGUGCCUACUGUCCUCCCUCCUUCGGCCUCAACUUCUGUAAGGGGUGGGGGUGUGGAAAGAGAGUUCAGGAAGAAAGGGGGGAGGGGCAGAGAGAUGUCAAUUUUCAGAUGCAUGUAUUUCAACUCAUGCUGACAACCUACCUGUACGCUGCAUAUUCAACCAAACUUUCAGAACCCCUCAGAAACAAUCCCUUCUCUCUCCCUGAAGAAUUUCAAAAGGAAAACAAAAACAAAAAACCUCAAGUAUUUAGAUAUUGGGAUCUUACGAACCAGCCAGCACUCUCAGGCCUUAGCCAAAGAAUGCAGUGGAGCCUUCCCCCUUUAACUGCACUGAGAAUGAAUACUAAUGUAAUGACAGCAUUAAACACUGCCUCACACUAGGUAUGGAAGAGGUUUCUGCGGCUGUCCGAUCUCCCUGUCCUGUUGUAGCAAACACAAGAGCAGAAAAUUCUUCCCAGAUCUGUUAUAGAAAGUCUGAGCAAAACAGUCAAUGUUAUUACUACACAUGGGACAGACUCACCUACCUUCAGAUGCAGGAAAAGUACAAGGACAGUUUUAGUCCUCUAACUUUUCCUAAGCACUACCUACCUGUAAAAAGCUGAGUGCAAAAGGAUGCCGAGGGAAGUUUGCAUCCAAAAGCUGUUACAAAGCACUGCAGAGAACAGAGUAUGAAGAGAAUAAGAGUUCCUUCUUAACAAACCCUCAAAAUUCUUUAUUCAAGAUAACUUGGCCAAAGGGCUGGGUAGCUGGCUAAGAGCUGCUUUUCUUCUAGCUCUACAGAAUUUAAAAAGAAAAUUUGCCCACUGAGUAUACUGUUUAUAAUUAAAGGUGGUUUUUACACUGUAAGUGAAUGCAUACUUAACUGGUUAAUGAAGUACAUUUCCAGUGAGCACUUAUAUUCACUCUGCUCACAGCAGCUGUCUGGUUAAAAAGUGAGUUUCACUGAUGGUCCCUGUUUAUACGAGGAAGAAAAACAGGCAGGUUCCACCCAGAUGCUGAGAUGCCACAUUUAACCACUGCAAUAAACACUGGGGGGGUUUUAAUUUAAAAGAUACACUUAAAAUACUCAGACUUGGCAAUUUAAUUUCUAACCUGACACUAAAAUGGUUAUUUUUCAGUCACUGGGAAGGGGGAGGGCAGAGUACAAGGGAGACAAAACCAAUUAAGAAUUUUUUAAAGCUGUGAAUGCACUUAAAAAAUAAAAAUAAAAAAAGA